CCUGAGAGAUUGAAGGAAGGAGGGUUUAAGGCUACGUUCGUUGAGGACUGAAAGUACUUGACAUUUGAGGGCUGAAUCAAAGAGAAAGAUGAAAUCAGUGGUGGGUGUGGUUGUCUCUAACAAGAUGCAGAAGUCAGUGGUGGUGGCUGUUGACAGGCUCUUCCACCACAAGCUUUACAACCGCUACGUCAAGCGCACCUCCAAAUUCAUGGCCCACGAUGAGAACAACACCUGCAACAUCGGUGAUCGGGUCAGAUUGGAUCCUUCUAGGCCAUUGAGCAAGCAUAAGCAUUGGACUGUUGCUGAAAUUCUCAAGAAAGCACGAAUUUAUGUGCCUCCAUCAGCAGCAGAUGUUGCAGCCAAUGCAAAUAUUAAAAGUGAAAUUCCGCCCUCUUCAACCUCUUAAGGGGAAGCUUUGUUAGGGAUAUAGGGAAAGCUAAAGCCACUUGGAUAUUGAAAAACAGUUUACAGGAUCGUGCAUAAGGUAAUUGUCAUGGUGAGAGGAUCAAAACUUAAGGCUGUGGUUCAUGUCACUUGACGUGUGAACCUUGUGCAAAUGAAGCAGUUUAUGCACUUUGUAUUUUGUUCUCACCGAAACAAUCUUUUUCUGAUUUCUUUCAAUUUUUUGCUAGAAUUAUUGUAGUUUCUUUUAGUGCUUUUGUUUUAAUGAAUCAGAUUUAUCUCUUAUGAUUGUGAAUUUGAGAGAGCAGUGGUCGUUAGACCAUGUUGUGGUGGUUGAACUUUUGCAAA